ACACGUUUUAUUCUAUGUAAUAAGACUGUCACCAUACUUUUCUCUUCUUCUGUAUCUGGCGUGGAAGUUGUACUGUUCAGCAAUGCUGGCAAAGCUGAACAGGCUGCAGUAAUAGCCUGUGAUGAUUCCAUAAUUAGAGAAUUCAUAUCAAGACUUAUAUUCUUUCUUUUUCUGAUAUCUGUUUUAGGCACUUUGAGGUUAUGCUUAUUUGCUGGAUCAAUAUUCUCGCUAUCUGAAAUUUAUUUAGAAGUGUUAAGAAUGUAAUUAAUGGUUAAGUUUUCUGUGGAAAAUAGUAAUUUAUCAAUCAUUUGCCUUCAGAAAUAUUAAUAAAAUUUGUAUUGCAAGUAGGCGAUUUUGCUGAUAAAUUCUUUAUCAUUGAUCCUUGUGAUACUGAUGAAAUUUGUGAAGCUCAAGUCGUUACAAUAGUCGCUGAAAUUGGAUUGGAACCAGGGCCGACAAGCUCAAAUAACCUUGAUGAGGACUGAAUAACUCCCCCCCGCCACUAUCAGAUGACGCAGAAAAAUGAAGUUUACUUUCAUUAGAUUAUAUAAAUUCUAUGAUAUUUCCCGUUACGUUUCUGUCAUGUCAGGAAAUUUCAGCAUAUCAGCAAGUGGAGAUCCAUCAUUGAUGACCAUUCUUCCGAAAAAAAUAAUGAAAAGGACAAUAUGUGAAAACCAUUUUGAGGAUAAUUUUAAAUUAAAAAAACGAUUGAGUACAUAUGCUAUACCAACAUUAUUGCUGCCAGAGCCAAUUAACAUUGACGAACACAAAGUAGCAUGUUUAAAUACAAAUGAGAAUGCUAUUACAAAUUUAUUAAAAAAUGAUCUACAAGCACCAAAUAUUACAGAAUGCAAUGAUUAUGACGAUAUCAGAGAUAUAUCUACAUGUUCAGGAGAAGAGGUGGCAGAAACAAGAAGAGAUAGAAAUGAAGAGAAUCCUGUAUCUAUGCCGAUAAUAAAGGAAAGAAAAAGAAAAGCGAAAGGUAUGAUAUACAGGGUGUUUGAUAGCUGAUCAUGCAGACGAAAG